UGAGCAGGGAGCCCGAUGCGGGACUCGAUCCCGGGACUCCAGGAUCACGACCUGAGCCAAAGGCAGUCGCUUAACCAACUGAGCCACCCAGGCGCCCUCUAAACUGGAUUCUUAAGCAGUGUCAGCCAUUAAUUAAUGCAAUUACUUUAUCAGUUUGUCAUCUUACUUUUUUAAAGAUACAUCAGGUUGACGAUAAUGUAAUCAAUUUACACCUUAAAUUAGGCAGUGGAGUUGGCCUGGGUUUGAAGAGGAAACCCAGUUUCCCUGGAAAAGGGAACCGUAAUUACAUCAAGUUUGUCCUGGACCAGGCCUUUUCUCCCACCUUGGCCAGAUCACUCCACAAGUCAGGUAACCUCAUAUAACGGAGAGUCAGCCCUCCGCUAACACUCCGCCAGGACACCCCACGCACAGCGGCGCUGAGUCCUUGGUCUAUCACCCACUCACCGUCUAAUCGUGCCUAGAUCACUCUAAUCAAUCAUUUGUAAAGCGGGGACGCCUCGGUGGCAUGGUUGUCGGGUCUAUUUAAGGAGAUAUUAGGGAAACUCCCUACAUCACCCUUCUGCUUCUAUUUACUAUUUACACAGGAGAGGGAGCAUGUGAAGACCGGAGUUUGAUCAGGCUUCUGCUCAGAAGCCCACAGUGAUUGCCCAUCUCCUCCAGAAGGAAAGCCGUCCUUAAUUACAGUGGUCCACAAGGCCCUGCAGGAUCGCAGGCUGUCCAAAGUUGCAAACUUCAUGCCCCUUCCUGGUUGCAUUUUCCUCCAGAGAUCUUAUUAUUUUUUCCCCCCUAAAAUAUGAAUGUAGGGCGCCCGGGUGGCUCAGUCGGUUAAGCAUCUGCCUUCGGCUCAGGUCAUGAUCCCAGGGUCCUGGGAUGGAACCCUGCAUGGAGCUUCUUGCUCAGCGGGGACCCUGCCCCCCGCUUAUGCUCUCUCGCUCUCUCUCAAAAAAAAAAAACUUUUAAAAAGAUAUAAUGAAUGUAGGAAUGAAUACCGUUUGUACGCGCGCAUCACCUAAUACCAGGUACACUGUAGGUGCUCCGGUGAGUUAUAUUCUCUUCCCCCCGCCAGAGGUUAGUGGUCUGAAGGGCUAAAGCUUGGGGGUUUACGGUGAAUACCUUCUAGGAUCAUGUGCCUUCGGGAGAUCCAAGAUUAAUAUUCACUGCCUGAACAACCUUGUAUGGAUUAUUUCAGCUCCAGGCACUCUGGGCUGGAAAUAGCAUAGUUAAUACUUUUGCGCCUCCACGGAUUCAUGCAGUCAUUCAACAAACAUUUAUCGGACGCCUUCGAAGUGCCAGUUCUUACUGACUGAGCUGCCGGACCCCAAGCCGAGCUGUCACAAGCGUCUCCUCCGGGAUCGCGGCGCUCCUUGCACAUCCGGUCCCCGCAUUUGGGGUGGGGGUGGGGGCGGGGCGGGGGCGCCAGGGAAAAUAUCCGGUCCCGCCAGCAGAGGGCGUGCUCCCGCCCUCUCCGCCGGCUCCCGACCCACCGAGGCGUCCCGGCUCCCACGCUCGCUCCCGAGCGCGCCCCCGCCCGCCGCGUCACGUGACGCGGCCGCGGAACCUGAGCCGCCGGGCCGAAGCCCAGCGAAACUCGUUGCCGGUGGCCGCCGCGGGUGCAACCACAAAGGCUAAUCCGACAGAGCGGGGAGGCUCGCGGAGUCGAUGCUUCCUCUUCCAGUUCAGGUCGGCUCCCGCUCCCUCCUCCCCGUUCGCCGCUGCCGCCUCCCCGCGCGUGUGCAUGAGCGCUUCGGUGUGGGGAAGCUCCGGUGACCAUGUAGCGGGGAAGCGCGACGCAGCUCAGGUGCCCGGGACGAGGUCAGCGCUGUCGGCACGCCUCGGCGGCGCCCGGCACACGCCCGGUGCGGGCCGGCGGGCCGCUCGGCCCCGCUGGGCAGCGGGCCUCCGCCUGCGGCCUGGCCCCGAGCGCCGCGAAGUCUCGCGCCGUCUCGCGAGAGGCGAAGUUGAAAACAUGGCGACGUCUAAUCUGUUAAAGAAUAAAGGUUCACUUCAGUUUGAAGACAAAUGGGAUUUCAUGCGCCCGAUUGUUUUGAAGCUUUUACGCCAGGAAUCUGUUACAAAACAGCAGUGGUUUGAUCUGUUUUCGGAUGUGCAUGCAGUCUGUCUCUGGGAUGAUAAAGGUCCAGCAAAAAUUCAUCAGGCUUUAAAAGAAGAUAUUCUUGAGUUUAUCAAGCAAGCACAGGCACGAGUACUGAGCCAUCAAGAUGAUACAGCUUUGCUAAAAGCAUAUAUUGUCGAAUGGCGAAAAUUCUUUACACAGUGUGAUAUUUUACCGAAGCCUUUUUGUCAGCUGGAGAUUACUUUAAUGGGUAAACAGGGCAGCAAUAAAAAAUCAACUGUAGAAGACAGUAUUGUUCGAAAACUCAUGCUUGAUACAUGGAAUGAGUCCAUCUUUUCAAAUAUAAAAAACAGACUCCAAGAUAGUGCAAUGAAGCUGGUACAUGCUGAAAGAUUAGGAGAAGCUUUUGAUUCUCAGCUGGUCAUUGGAGUUAGAGAAUCCUAUGUUAACCUUUGUUCUAAUCCUGAAGAUAAGCUUCAAAUUUAUAGGGACAAUUUUGAGAAGGCAUACUUGGAUUCAACAGAGAGAUUUUAUAGAACACAGGCACCCUCGUAUUUACAACAAAAUGGUGUACAGAAUUAUAUGAAAUAUGCAGAUGCUAAAUUAAAAGAAGAAGAAAAACGAGCACUACGUUAUUUAGAAACCAGACGGGAAUGUAACUCUGUUGAAGCACUCAUGGAAUGCUGUGUAAAUGCCCUGGUGACAUCCUUUAAAGAGACUAUCUUAGCAGAGUGCCAAGGCAUGAUCAAGCGAAAUGAAACUGAAAAAUUACAUUUAAUGUUUUCAUUGAUGGACAAAGUUCCCAAUGGGAUAGAGCCAAUGUUGAAAGACUUGGAGGAACAUAUCAUCAGUGCUGGCCUGGCAGAUAUGGUAGCAGCUGCUGAAACUAUUACUACUGACUCUGAGAAGUACGUUGAGCAGUUACUUACAUUAUUUAAUAGAUUUAGUAAACUCGUCAAAGAAGCUUUUCAAGAUGAUCCGCGAUUUCUUACUGCAAGAGAUAAGGCAUAUAAAGCAGUUGUUAAUGAUGCUACCAUAUUUAAACUUGAAUUACCUUUGAAGCAGAAAGGGGUGGGAUUAAAAACUCAGCCUGAAUCAAAAUGCCCUGAGCUGCUUGCCAAUUACUGUGACAUGUUGCUAAGAAAAACACCGUUAAGCAAAAAACUAACCUCUGAAGAGAUUGAAGCAAAGCUUAAAGAAGUGCUAUUGGUACUUAAAUACGUACAAAAUAAAGACGUUUUUAUGAGAUACCACAAAGCUCAUUUGACACGACGUCUUAUAUUAGACAUCUCUGCUGAUAGUGAAAUUGAAGAGAAUAUGGUAGAGUGGCUAAGAGAAGUUGGUAUGCCAGCAGAUUAUGUAAACAAGCUUGCUAGAAUGUUUCAGGACAUAAAAGUAUCUGAAGAUUUGAACCAAGCUUUUAAGGAAAUGCACAAAAAUAAUAAAUUGGCUUUACCAGCUGAUUCAGUUAAUAUAAAAAUUCUAAAUGCUGGUGCCUGGUCAAGGAGCUCUGAGAAAGUCUUUGUCUCACUUCCUACUGAACUGGAGGAUUUGAUACCUGAAGUAGAAGAAUUCUACAAAAAAAAUCAUAGUGGUAGAAAAUUACAUUGGCAUCAUCUCAUGUCAAAUGGAAUUAUAACAUUUAAGAAUGAAGUAGGUCAAUAUGAUUUGGAGGUAACGACGUUUCAGCUGGCUGUGUUGUUUGCAUGGAACCAAAGACCCAGAGAGAAAAUCAGCUUUGAAAAUCUAAAACUUGCAACUGAACUCCCUGAUGCUGAGCUUAGAAGGACUUUAUGGUCUUUAGUAGCUUUCCCAAAGCUCAAGCGGCAGGUUUUACUGUACGAACCUCAAGUCAGCUCACCCAAAGACUUUACAGAAGGCACUCUCUUCUCAGUGAACCAGGAAUUCAGCUUAAUAAAAAAUGCAAAAGUUCAGAAAAGGGGUAAAAUCAACUUGAUUGGACGCCUGCAGCUCACUACAGAAAGGAUGAGGGAAGAAGAGAAUGAAGGAAUAGUUCAGCUAAGGAUACUUAGAACCCAGGAAGCUAUCAUACAAAUAAUGAAGAUGAGAAAGAAAAUUAGUAAUGCUCAGCUGCAGACUGAAUUAGUAGAAAUUUUGAAAAACAUGUUUUUGCCACAAAAGAAAAUGAUAAAAGAGCAAAUAGAGUGGCUAAUAGAGCACAAAUACAUCCGAAGAGACGAGUCUGACAUCAACACUUUCAUAUACAUGGCAUAAUCUUGAAUAUCAUGGACAACAUUAAGAACCCAAAUUUCAGAGUGCGUGGGCAGAAAGUUGUAACAGUUUGUGCUGGAGGAAGGUUUAUUUGGACUUUGAUUACAUAAAUAUUAAAAUCUCUGCCUUACCUGACAAAACAACUCUAUUUUGCCAAUCACAUUAGUUAGCAUGAUGGCAUUCCCUUCAUGUUGCACACUCUGUAACAGCAUGCUGUUUUGUGGAGAAACUUGCAUUCAUGAAGAGCCCAUGAUGAACUUGUAAAAGUAAAUUUGAUUUAUAUCCACCAGAAGAAAUAGUCGGGAAGGGUGAGGGCGGGGUUCUUGUUACUUUUUUUUUUUUCCUCCUCUCUUUUUUUCCUUUCUUACGAAAAUGUACUUGCACAAGGAAGGAUCUUCAGAUAUUCGUGCACUGAAUAAUGCUGUUAUGUUUUGUUUUUUUUUUUUAAAUGCAAUUAAAACUAGAAAUAGCACUCUUGGUUUCUUUUGAUCAAAAGAGGGAGCUGGUCUGCACAACAUUGGGGGAGGGCAGAUGUAGGUGAGAAGGGAAGUAUUUAAUAGUAUAACACUAUUUGUUCACACCCUGCUUCAGUAUAGUAGCUGGAUUUAAUGGUGACCUGAAAAGGAUAUUAAAUUUUUCCAGCUUACAGACGGCUUUCUGUGAGCAGGAGACUGCUACUUUAGAUGUUUGUUUUAAAUAAGGAGUUUUAAAAUUUUAUAUGGCUGGAGAGCUUGUUUUGAAAAACUGAAGCUUAUGUUGUUGCUCCGAUUGUUUAAAAAAAAAAAAGUAUGGAGAGAAGUCGGUCAUUUCAACUGCAGAGUCAGAAUAGCAAAACAAAGAUAUUAAGUGUGUUCACUAACACACUUAAUGUUUGUAUACCUAAUAUUUAUUACGCCAAAUUUUGUUAUCUCCAAAUUUAUUAAAAACAAGGCAGAAAUCUACUCUCAUAUAAUACAGUUAUGUAACUAUUUCUUGAUCUGCAGCAUAGAAAUAUUUUGGAAUUUUAAAGUCUCAUGAUUAGGGAUUUAUAGCCUCAGGUUUCUGGAAAGGAAGACAUUCUGUUUUAAAAAGGAGUGUCUGUUACAUUGCGGGGGGAGAAAAACCACAACAUAAGACCUGAAAAGCAUAAGCAAAAUUGUUGCAGUCUUAAUAUGAGCAGUAAACUUGCCAAAUAUAUGUACAUAUAUAUUUAUAUAUUUUAAAAAUAAACGUUUUUAAAAUGUUCAGAAGGCAACACUUAACCUUGUUCCUCUCAGUCAAUCCAAAGUAGCAACUUACUAGUUGCCAGCGACUGAAUACCCAGAGUGACACAAGGUUCAGGACUUGAGGACACGGCAACCUAGCAGAGAUGAGCGUAUUCCCCGUUGGCAAAGAGUUGGCAAAGAGUGGCUCUACAUGGAUUUUUAUUCAUUAUGCUGCACGUUCCAAGCUUUUUCGCAAAUGCUUUUCUAUCUUGUUUGAUACUAAGUAACACUUUAAACCUAUGAUUUGGGAAAUAGUAGGAAGUGGAGUGCUGAGCUUUGAAAGGUGCACGGUAGACAGUGUUGUGCAAGGUGCUUUCAGGAGUGUUCCAUGGAAUCUGUCCCCAGUCCCAAGAGGCGUUGUGAGCUGCCGGCUGAAAGGAAGGAGAGCAAAUUCAAAACAUCGAGGGUGUCGCUGGGUAUAUUCACAUGCCUGUUCUGCAACUCAUAGGAAAUUGGAAUUUUGUUUCUAAUUUAAAAUCUUACAUUUAGCUCUGGGGGCAGCAUGUGUCCAUUAUUAGACCGAGUGCAUUGUGGAGAAUUAAACUAAAUUGAUGACUGUGGACGAUGGAUACAUUUGAAAUUUAAAAACAAUAAUUUGUAAUAAUUGUGGCCCUUACAUUUAACAAAUAGUUCAGGAUUGGGCAUAUUUGCUUCUCCCGUAUUCGAAUUGCCCAAGGGAAAACAGUGGAAGGGAGAAUUACAGGUCAUUUUUUAAAGUUUCAGAUUUGUUGCUUUAAACCAUAAUUGUUCUCAGAACAUGUUUGGAAUUUCUCAUCUUUUUGGUCAUUUUAAGAAUGAGAGCCAUGAUGUUUUGAUUUAUAAAGGAAAAUUUAAUGCAAAAGUGGGUAACUCUAAAUCCAUAGCCAAGUUUUCUAUUAAAUUUUAUAAAUUUUUUAAUAGCUAAUUAUGUCCUAAUUGUAUUUUGGGAAAUUGAACAGCAGCAAAUACUGUAGACGUAACAGUUUUCAUCUUUUUUGUUGUUGUUAUGUAUACAAAAGUUCAACUACUUUUUGGUGUUAAUGAAAACAAUUUAGUUGACGAGGUGCCUAUGCCAUUGUUAAGUUUUCUUUAAAUGUGUCUUGAUAAUAGAUUUGCUAAUUAAAAAAAAAAUCUGAUUAAAACCUUCCCAGCAAUUAGCGAAAGGUACGGAAUCACAGUUAGUAUCCUUUAUUGAGUCCGUUUCCUUUGAUUGCACUUCACAGUGGUGCCAUGGUGGUGAGGAGAAUCCAGGCUGCCAGGAGUAGGGCAAUGGGGCGCACCACAGCUUAGUUUAAACUGUGAACACUAAUGGAAAGCUGGAGCCAUCUGGAAAAUGUUAACCUUUGUUGUCCUCAUUGCCAGAGUAAAUAGACAUGAAGCAAAACUUACAAAGUAGAAGACGAUUUUAAUGCUUACAAUGCGAUAAAUAUUAGGACAUUAGUGUUCCAGUGAUUUAAUGAGGAUGUUGAAAUAAAUUAUGAAGUCUUCCAAUUUUUACAUUUAUUGGAGGGUUCCCUGCAUUGUCAACCUGUUUAUUUAAGUCUCUUAUUUUAUGCGUAAAUGUUACAGUUUCCAAAAAUGAACUGUUAGCUUUCUUGUUUUUACUUUUUAUUGAAAUUUAAUACAAAAUAUGACCGGAGUAGUUACAAAGUAUUUUGCAUUGUUUGCAGUAGGAUGUCAUUAGCCCGGCUCACAGGGCAAAUUUUAAACAUUCAAUUUGGGUGGAAGAUUUGCUAGUUUUUCAGAAAGAUUUGCUAUCUUAAACUCAAGCCGGUUUUUCUAUUUUCAUGUAAAUGACUGGGAUGCUAUCUUACAAACUCUUCCAAGGUCAUGUUUGUGAAACCAACAUUACAUGAGAGCUUUCCUGUCAUCUACACCAUAUAUGUCGUCUGGAGUGUUGAACAAAUUUGCGUUCCUAAGUUGUACUUUACCUUCGUAUGGUAUAUACGAUUUUGAAUGUGUGCCACUACAUACUGAGGUGAUAAUGCUGUACAGUUCUAAAUGGUAGCAGUUUCUGUAUGAAGUAGGCUGAAAUAUUUUGAUGAACUGCUUAAUUUUUGGAUUUUAUUUUUUAAGUUGUAUAAUUUAUUUUCUUGCAAAAUAAAAGUGUAAUAUAAAAGCUUUCACCUAUCCAGAAAA